AUGAACGUCAGCCUGAACUGGUGGCACGAUGCCGAGAGAGAUGGGCUGGGGAGUGGUGGCAGCGUAUCCGAGCCCGGCGAAUUCACAUUGGACAAGAAUCCGAUUUCUAAAUGGGUUCCUGUUGCUCUAGUACCCUUUUCAUCUGAUGCACUAAUGGUCCCUAUUGUGAUGCUACACCGACACAGAGCUGCAACGCUUAGCAUGGCCGACACGCCGCCACCUCCUCGCCAUCCAGUACCUUCGACAUCUACCUCGGCCUCUUCCUCUAUGGCGGCAAGGGCAGAAGAUAGCUUCAAUGGUGCUCUCCACAGCGCGAAGGCGUUCGGCAUCGCAACACUGAUGGUGGGAGUCGGGGCUGCUGGAACAAAGACACAGGAAUUCGCGAACAUGAUGCGCGAUGCCAUCUUCAACCGAUUGCCUAGUUUAUCUGCCCGCAUACACCGCCCACCAGAGCUGAGGAUGGAGACACCCAAUUGUUGCCAGACCCUCAUGAACAUUCCUCGGCUUUAUUGGACGUCGCCGAGGAGUUCGUGGCGAGAAGCGGAGCGACGAUUCAGGGAUGCAUUUGACAAGCACGGGUUCUAUGGCUGGGCUGCUGCCGCGAUUCAUGAGUUGGAAGCUGAAGGGCGAAGAGAGAGUGAGAAGAGGGGUCGUGUAUAG